AUGUCUCUGCUACCGUACGUGUUGGGUUACGAGUGGAACCGACCUAGCAGACUAUUGGAUCAAGAUUUCGGUUUGGCGUUAACUCCUGACGACCUUCUUACCGCUGCUGUUAGUCCCGUUCUAUCACGGGAUUAUUUUAGACCUUGGAGGCAGCUGGCAGCCGCGGCGCGGGAUGUCGGUUCUAGCAUCAAAGCAGACAAAGAUAAAUUCCAAGUAAAUUUGGAUGUGCAGCAUUUUUCGCCGGAGGAGAUCACGGUUAAGACCGCAAACGGCUACAUCGUCGUGGAGGGCAAACACGAAGAGAAAAAGGACGAGCACGGAUACAUCUCUCGCCAAUUUGUGCGCAGAUAUGCUUUGCCCGAAGGAUGUCGCCCAGAAACCGUCGAGUCUAGACUUUCCUCCGACGGGGUGCUGACCGUCGUGGCUCCUAGACAGCAGCAGGCAGCGUUGAAGGACGAAAGAGCUGUUCCUAUUCAACAAACAGGACCUGUGCGCAAGGAAAUCAAGGAUGGCAACGCGACCCAGGAGGAAGCAAAGAAG